AUGGCACCUCGAACGGGAGGAAUGCCCGACCUCUCUAUCUCGGACAUUCAUUCCUUGAAGAGGGAUCAAGCACUGGAAAUUCUUGCCCAGAUUUCACGCGUUGAGAAAAAGACCUUCCCCACCAAUGAGGCAUUCCCAUUUGGAGAAGAGUUGUGGAGAAAAAAGCCCAACACGCGAGUUCUGUACGCGACACGAGCCAAGGGAUCGCAAAGUGAUCUGAUUGCCUAUGCAGUCUAUGUCCGACAGAAGGGCGUUGCGCUUCUGCACAAAGUUUGCGUGACAGAGCCUAACCGCCGUCAAGGUGUCGGACAGGAGAUGUUGUCCUACAUUCAGCAGCGCCUACGAAAGGAGGGUUGCCAGUACGUUCAUCUCUGGGUGGACCAGGCCAGGGAACCUGCGCGUGCCUUGUACCUUCGCAGUGGAUUUGAGGAGCGCGAAGUGAUCCCUGAUUACUAUGCCCCUGGACGUACAGGUGUCAAGAUGGUCCUAGUUUUGGAACGUGAUGGUUGA